AUGGAAGCCUGGCCCGCCCGCCAUGAAUCUCUCCACUUCACUCUUUUGUCUCAGAGCUCUCCUGCGCUCCCUAUUGAGCCCCUCGCCGGAUAUUCAGGCGCUGUCUCGCGGCACAAUUAUCGCAAAUCCCUCUACGGCAGCACCACCACCGGCAACUUCUUCGACAGCCCGGAAGGCAAGACGCUGCGGCGCAAGAACGCCGCUUCGAAUCUGAACCGGUCUGCGGCCACGCCCACAGCUCAAAUGGGAACUAUCUGCCAGAAUGUCUGCUACCAUCCAUUCUCUGCGUCCUCCGCGACGUCGAGUCCGCCGCCGCCUCUGUCACCCUCUUACUCGCCCAGUGCCCUAAGUGACCAGUUGCCCGAGUUGUUGGACGGGUAUGGCUGUCCGUUGUCUCCGGUGCUGGAUGCGAGCCUGGCUGGCGAGAAGCAGAGCCCGUAUAAACUUCUAGACAAUUUCCGCGAUCGACUGGAGAAAUUCCCGGACCCGGAAACCCCGGAUAUCGUCGAGUUUCACGGUCACAGCAGGACUCGGUCAGAUUCGGUCUUGUUCAAAACCCGGCGGGCGAAGAAACCGCCCAUAACGGCUACUGUGGUACACCAGGGAACUCAAUUCGAGAUUCUGAAUCCGCAUGAAUCGUUGGACUUUGCGCGCAUAGUCUCCUACAUCGAGGAUGUAGAUAGCCAUUUGCCCGGCAAUCACCACCGGGAUUCCUACCUGCGCAGCAGCCAUGGUUCCAAUGUAAUCCCAGAAGAUCUGUACGAAACGACGUCCGAUAUCAUCAACGUUGAAGAACGUGCUCACGACGACCUGGUCGGCGACUCUCCCCACCACCCGAUGCCAUCUAUCUCCGAGCGGCUUGAAGACAUGGACGCCGAGUCCUGCUACUCCAGCAUCAUGCCCCUUUCUCGACCCCUGUCCAUGGUACGACCACAGACAGCACAUAAUGAAACCGACCUUGGUGAACCAGGGCCACCCAUCUACUUUGACGACGACAUCGACAACAACCAACCCGCUCCUUUACCAUCCACUCUAGACCUCAACCCCGUUGAACUCGCCGCCCUGUGUAAUAUUGGGCAUCUCCCACCACAGGGCAAAGGCGCCGAUAACCCUACGGCGGUCAUCUAUAGCAACCACCCACCGCUCCGUAAAAGAUCCGCCCUCCGCAAAACUCACAAAACGCCAUCUCCCUCGUCUUUUCCAUUUUCUCACUCUCCGGCAGGAUCUCCUACCUCGGCGCCGUUAAAACGGCUGAGGGGAUUCGCCCAGAAUCUACGUCGGAAGACGAAGACACUUCCCCGUGCCAGCUUGUCUUAG